GACAGUGACAGUCGCAAACAAAAUUGUUUUCCCUCCGCGCGUUUCUGUCUUCAAACGGUUUUGAUUCGAAACAUAAUUUAAUUUGAAUGGUUAACCUCGCAUAUUUAAGUGAUAGUGUUUACGCCGUUCGCUGCGGAAUUCGAUAACCGUCAAAUUAGUGUAUAACAUGCAGAAAACAAAAAAGAAAAGGGGCGAAGAAGAGCCGAUGGAAGUUGACGAUGUCCCUGCUACAAGUCAAAACGGCGAUGCAGACAUGAAUGGUGAAAUAGACCACAUAUCUGAUGAUGAGGAGGGUGGUGUUAGAAUCGGUGAUAUCUACAUCCCUCCAGCUCCAAAGCCAGCUCUUACUUUUGAUGCCACAGGCCCUCGUUUGAUCAUAACUCACAUUGUAAAUGAAAACUUUAAAAGUUACGCUGGAGUGCAGACUUUGGGGCCUUUUCACAAGAGCUUUACAGCAAUAAUAGGGCCCAAUGGUAGUGGCAAGAGCAACGUCAUUGACUCCAUGCUGUUCGUAUUCGGCUACCGAGCAACCAAAAUCCGUUCUAAGAAGAUCUCCGUGCUCAUCCAUUCUUCCAGCAAGUUUCCGAACAUCACGAGUGCGACGGUCGCUGUACAUUUCUGCCAAAUUAUCGAUGGGGAAGGAGAAGAAUUCACAGUGGUCCCUAACAGCGAGAUUGUGGUAUCAAGAUCAGCGUCCAAAGACAACUCUUCAUACUACACUCUGAAUGGAAGAAGAGUGCAGUUCAAAGAAGUGGCCAAAAUGCUCAGAUCCCAUGGAAUCGAUUUAGACCACAACAGGUUUCUCAUUCUUCAGGGUGAAGUGGAACAAAUUGCUAUGAUGAAGCCGAAAGCGGUGACUGAACACGAAUCUGGUAUGCUGGAGUACUUGGAAGAUAUUAUAGGAACGUCAAGAUAUAAGGAACCCAUAGAAAAACUAUCUGUAAAAGUGGAGGAGUACACAGAAAUGCGCAAAGAGAAGUUAAACAGAGUCCGUCUUGUCGAGCAAGAGAAACAGAAGUUGGAACAACCCAUGAGAGAAGCGGUAGAACAAAUGACGCUUACUAAUACUGCGUUGAGGACUCGGAAUAUGCUGCUGCAGAAAUACAUACAUGAAACCAACAAAAUAAUUGAAGGUAAAGAGAAAGAGAUGGAAGAACUAAAAGAAAACCUCGCCAAAAUAGAUGAAAAACUAAACAUAAUCAAGGAAGAACUACAAGAAAAGACAGCAGUUCUGAAAACUGGGAGCCAGAAGUACGACAAACUCCAGAAGAAAAAAGAAGAAAUCGCCGAAAAAUUGCAAGGAUGCAAAAAGAAGACAGUAACCGUGCAAGCAGACAUCACACAGUCUAAUAAGAAGAAGAAGAACUUAGACCAACUUCUAGAACAAGAAAAAGGAAAACUGAUCGAUUUGGAAUUGAUUCCAGAGAAAAAUAAAAGGGAAAUCGAAGACUGUGAAAAGCUACUGGUCAAACAUCAGGAAAACAAGGAAAAGGCUCAGGAGGAAUUGCAGACCGUUAUGGCUGGAGUAAGAUCAAAAACCCAAGGCUUGCAAGAAACCAAGGACAAACUGCAAGCAAAGCUUAUGGACCUCAAAAAGAUAGUGGACGAAGCGAACAAGGAAUACAAACUAGCGGAGUCUGAGCUCAAAAUAUACUUGAGCACAGAACAGAAGGAGGCAGAAAAGUUGGAGAAUAUGAGAGAAGCUUAUGAGAAGGCCGCUAAAGAUUUGGAUGAGAAAAAGGCGUUACAACAAGAGCUGAAUUCAACUGUGCCAACGAAUGAGAAGAAACUUACAGAAUUACAAACUCAACUGCAGACAUUGAAGAGAGAAGAAUCGUCAGUGUCGGGUGAAGCGAGAUCAUUGAGGGCUCAAUUAGAAGAGUCAAGGCAAGCGAUGAGCGCGAAUAGAUCUCGAGGCAGGGUGUUGGACGCUCUAAUGAAAGAGAAGAAAAGCGGAAGACUGCCGGGAAUAUUCGGACGACUGGGCGACCUAGGAGGUAUAGACGCGAAAUACGACGUAGCCAUAUCGACCUGUUGCGGCGCGCUCGACAAUAUCGUGUGCGAUACUGUGGAGACGGCCCAAGCUUGUGUUGAACACUUGAAGCGACACGACAUAGGCCGCGCCACCUUCAUAGCGCUGGACAAACAGCAGCAUCUGAUCAGGAAUAUGGAGGCUAGAAAUACGUAUCCAGAAAACGCACCUCGUCUCUUCGACCUCGUAAAAGUGAAAGACGACCGAGUGUUGCCAGCGUUUUACUUCGCGCUCCGAGACACGCUCGUGGCGAAAGACUUGGAGCAAGCGUCGAGGAUCGCGUAUGGCCACACCAGAUACAGGGUGGUAACACUGAACGGUGACGUCAUUGAGAUAGCCGGUACUAUGUCCGGUGGUGGUAAAACGACGAUGCGUGGUCGCAUGUCCAGUUCAGUACAACAAGAUACCAGCGAACAGGAUCCGAGGGUCAUGCAGCAGAAUGAAAGACAGCUGGCUAGCUUAGAACAGAGGCUAACAGAACUCCGCGGCGAGCAAAGCAACCUCGAAGACUCGGUCGUGUCUCUGCAAAGAAGCACUCGCGACGGCAAGACUACCCUUAACAAACUAAACAUCGAGCUGAAGAGCUUGACUGAACAAGUGCCGGUGUUGAAGAAUCAAAUUAAACAACAAGAGAGUAAAGCGGCUUCCAGCAAGGUGGAUGAGCGACAAAAGGCCAGGCUUGAAGCGGCGCUACAAGCCGCUGAAGAAAAGCUUAAUAAAGCUAAAUACGACGCUGGAGAGGUAGAAAAAGAAGUGCACGGAGUUGACGCCCAAAUAUCAGCUGUGGCCGGCGGCAAGGUCAAGGACCUCCAGCGCAACGUUGACGACCUGGCCAAGAAGAUUGAUAAAGUUUCUACGGAAAUCACCAAGCUGAAAGUAGCUAUUAACACUAGCAUAAGAAACGCGAAGAAGUCCAAAGACAAAAUCAACCAAAUGGAGGCAGACUUCAAGGAGACUGAGAAAAAUUUAGAGACCUUGAACAAUCAGAAGAAACAAUUGACUUUGGAGAGUGGACAGCACCAGAAAGAAUUGGAAGAGCUCGAGGAACAAAUAAACGAAGGCUCAGGCGAGUUUUCCGGGCUGAAACAAGAGAUAUCGAAGCUACAGAGCAAAGAAAAUAAGAUCAAAAGCGAGCGUCUUGAGGCUAACAACGCUGUCAGCAAAAUGGAGAAGUCGAUCGACGAUUGUAAGAGCAAGACGCCUAUGUGGGAGAAAGAGCUAACAACCCUAAAACUAGAAGACCCAGGCAUUGAUCUACCGGGCAUCGAACGUCCUGAACCGUUACAGCGACACACGCCUGAGGAAUUGGAGGAGGCCGCGGUAGACGAACUAAGGAACAGAUUAGCGGCUCAGAAGGCACGCCUGGGGGAGGCUAAACCUAAUAUACAGGCUAUACAGGAUUACAAAGCAAAAGAAGAGUUAUACUUGAAACGCGCGGCUGAAUUAGACGAGAUUACAACGAAAAGGAAUGAAAUGCGCGCCCUCUACGAUCAGCUGAGGAAGAAACGGACGACCGACUUCCUGUGCGGCUUCAACACAAUAACAGCGAAACUGAAAGAGAUGUACCAAAUGAUCACGCUUGGAGGCGAUGCGGAGCUCGAAUUGGUAGAUUCGCUUGACCCGUUCACUGAAGGAAUCAUAUUCAGCGUCCGUCCCCCCAACAAAUCUUGGAAGAACAUUUCAAACCUGUCCGGCGGUGAGAAGACGCUGUCUUCUCUAGCGCUGGUCUUCGCAUUACAUUACUACAAGCCCACGCCUCUUUAUGUGAUGGACGAAAUUGACGCCGCUUUGGACUUCAAGAAUGUGUCCAUUGUUGCUAAUUAUAUUAAGGAGCGUACGAAAAACGCGCAAUUCAUAAUCAUCUCGCUCCGCUACAACAUGUUUGAAGUCUCCAACCGCCUCGUCGGCAUCUACAAGACCGAAGACUGCACCAAAUCGGUCACCAUUGAGAACAAAGUACCAGAACCAGUCGCGAACGACGUGGCUGCGUGAUUAUGAACCUUAUUGCAUUGUUAAAAGAGUUAAAAUAGGUUCACUAAGGCCCAGAACACACGGUGAAACGCAAUUGCAACGAAACUGCAACUUAUAGUUACUUUUGGGUUGCAUCUAUGUUUCUGCCAUAGAUUCUGUUGAGACCACACGUGACGCGACCAUUUCAAACCGGUU